AUGACUGCUCUCUCAUCGAACACGAAGUAUUAUAAGGAAGCGUAUAGUCUUUUUCAACAAUGCACGAAGAACGAAGAUCGACAAGAUUUGGCCAAUAAAGUUCUAGAUGAAGCAUCAUCAUCUGGAUCAGAUACAAGCAAAAUUACUCGCGCUUGUUCACGCGAAUUCGAACAAUUAAUGCCACAUGUGACGACACCAUCGAUUCUCGCGUCGUUUUUCGAUCGUCUCACACAAGAUGAGUUAGAUGAAUUCAUUCGUGAUCGUGCCGCAUCGUUUGUUUUGGAAAAGCUUCUUACUUAUCUACCGAAUGUUUUAUCAACUGAGAGUGAGCGAGUUCAUUCAUCAUAUGAGCGUCUGUUCGAAUGCGUUCGCGAGAAUUUCAAUGAUUAUAUGCAAGAAAGUGGCACCGGUCAUAUCAUUGCGUCGACCAUUGCAUUUCUCCAUCCAUUGAUCAUCUCUCCAAAUACAAACGAAUACGAGUCACUGAUCGACGGUGGUCAAACGGCGAAAAAGUUUGCUGAAUUGUCUUCCGAUUGGAACGUACUCGAUAAAUUACGUCAAAUGAAAAAAUUAAUUAAAAAAUGUUCCGUACACAAUGAAUUUGUCUAUGCUACCUUAUUGCGAACGUGUGGGUAUAUCAGCGAGAAACUGUAUACUAAAUUAGUUACUCAUCUUUGCGAAAAAUAUUAUUCGAAUAUCAAUGUCCAACAUUUGCUAGAUAAAUGCUCAUCGUUUCUGUUCGAAGUUCUUGUCGAAUUUCCAUCGAAUCAACGAGAGACGAUUCUUUAUCCACUAGUAUUCGAUCAGAUCGACGAGAUUUAUCUCCAUCCAAUUGGAAAUUUCUUCAUUCAGCGUUUAUUGUUAACGCUGAAUGACAAGAAAGUGUUGGAGAAAAUUUACCAGCUAUUAAUUCAUGAAGAACGAUUUGGCAAACUUGUACAUGAAGGACAAAUCCGAUUACUCAUCACCUUUAUUCGCGUUUGUGAACGAUUCUCGUGUCAUUAUGAAGAGCUAGUCAAUCGAUUGAAGACAACUAUUCAUUGCACAAAGAAUAAUACUAAUGAAUUCAUUCCAUGUGUAUUAAAACUACGAGCAGACAAUGCUGACACUCAAUUAAUAACCAAAGAAGGUUCACUGGUCGUUCAAGCUCUUCUCCGUGCUGAUAAAGUCGAUUCGUUAACUCGUCAAUCAUUUCUGUCGUUAACUGGUGAACAAAUUGCAUCGAUUGCUUGUCAUCCCAGUGGUUCUCAUCUUCUUUGUCAAUUAAUUCUCAAAUCAAAUCUCUGGCCGAUACUCCGACAGAAGAAUUUCUAUGAAAAACUCAAUCAGAUGUAUACCAAAAUGGCUUGCGAUAAGGCAGCUUGUUGGUUUGUUACACAGUUAUGGAAAAGUGCAAUUACGAUCGAUCAAAAACUGGAAAUGGCCAAGAGUCUAGCAAAAGAUUUGCAAAUCUUACGUUCACAUACGUAUGCACGGUUUAUCACCUAUGAAAUGAAUCUAACGGCUUUUUGUUCUCGACCUGACCAAUGGAAGCGAAGUUUUGAAACUGUUUUGAAAAAACAUUCUCUUCUCGAUGAGCUUGAUGAUGAUAACGACAAGAGAAAGAAAAAGAAGAAGAAGAAAACAUGA